CCUUUUCAAAGGCUGUUAAACUGAAUUUUUUUCUACUUGAAAAAUGCAUUUUAUGUUUCUGAGGGAGCUUAAGCUUUUUCAGCGACUACGAGUAUUGCUGCCAAAUAUCUGGCGACUGCUUUUCAGAAGGCACAAAGAUAUCACGGCCAUCAUGCUUUUUUUAUAUCUGGUCUAUGAGAUACUUAAUUUCAAGGAGGAUCCAAGCAAGCGGAAUGCUUCUCUGUCGGGAUGGAGCCGUGAAACGCCCAGGAGUAUAGCUGAUUAUUUGGAUCCAGGUCAGGAUACAGCGAUUGUAGUCCCGAGACAUUUUUGUCAGAGUAAGGCCUUCCUGACCAUCGCAGUCUGCUCCUAUGUGCAUCACUUUGAGCGGCGACAGAACAUCCGCAAGCUCUGGGGCAACACCACCGACUUUAACUACUCGUCCUUUGUGAAGCUCCAUGGCCACCUUAAGGGAAAAUACCUGGACGUGCUGCCAGAGCGUCUGGAGUUGUAUUCAGAGUAUCUGAGUGGCCAGGGUGACUCCUUGAAGGCCUCCAUUCGAAUCGUUUUCAUUCUGGGCCGCAGAAACUUGGCUUCCCUGCUGGAAAAUGAGGCGGUUGCUAGCGAGGCGGAAAAGUAUAAUGAUGUCAUCCAGGAGAACUUCAUGGACACCUACAACAACCUUACCAUCAAGACGAUAAUGCUUUUGAAGCACAUCAGCCAGAGCUGUGUGAACUCAACAGCGUAUUUUUUUAAAUGUGACGACGACACCUUUGUAAAUGUGCCCAAUUUGCUGCACUUUCUCCUAGGGGGAACUAUUCCAGUGAACGAGGUCACUGCGAAUUACCAUUAUCUCAAAACUUACCGAGUGACUUCAGCACGAAAAAGAUUGACGGCCCGCAGGGAGGUGAUGUACGGACGCCAGUACUGCAACGUGCGACCGAUCACCAACAAGUACAACAAAUGGUACAUGCCAUCUUACUUGUUUCGGGGCGCAGUGUAUCCACAGUAUUUGUGCGGAUCCGGCUAUUUGCUGUCCAUCGAUGUGGUGCCGCGCCUCUACAAAGCCUCUCUGAGCACGAAGCUCAUGCACUUGGAGGACCUGUUCGUCACCGGACUAUGUGCGGAAAAGGCUGGGAUCAAGCGCACCAACCACCCGCUCUUUAGGACCACAUAUCCGUAUGAGUGGGAUGAGCAGUGCGCCCUCAAGGGGAGCUUCACCAUGCACCGCGCCAAGGACUGGAUCAUGUGGGACGCCUGGAAGCAGGUUACUAACUAUAGCAGCAAAUGCCCUCCGCCAAAAAAAAACUUCCAAUCGAAUCUUCCCCUGGGGGAACGUUGUUAGAUUAUCCCCUUUUUUU